AUGAUGAAGACUAUGUCUGGUGGAAACUGCAACCUGAAUGUGCCAGCCAAGAACUCAUACCGCAUGGUAGUGCUGGGAGCCUCCAGAGUGGGCAAAAGCUCCAUUGUCUCCCGUUUCCUCAAUGGCCGCUUUGAGGACCAGUACACUCCCACCAUUGAGGAUUUUCAUCGCAAGGUCUACAACAUCCGGGGAGACAUGUAUCAGCUGGACAUCCUUGACACCUCUGGGAAUCAUCCUUUUCCUGCUAUGAGGAGGCUUUCUAUCCUGACAGGGGAUGUUUUUAUUCUGGUAUUCAGCUUGGACAACAGAGAAUCUUUUGAUGAAGUCAAGAGGCUCCAGAAACAGAUCCUUGAGGUCAAAUCCUGCCUGAAGAACAAGACCAAGGAAUCAGCUGACCUCCCUAUGGUGAUCUGUGGCAACAAAAAUGACCACAGUGAAGUAUUCCGCAAGGUAAGCUCAGAUGAAGGCGAGGACCUUGUCUCCAGUGAUGAAAACUGUGCUUACUUCGAAGUUUCAGCCAAGAAGAACACCAAUGUGGAUGAGAUGUUCUAUGUCCUCUUCAGCAUGGCCAAGCUACCUCAUGAAAUGAGCCCUUCCCUCCACAGGAAAAUCUCCAUCCAGUAUGGUGACACUUUCCAACAGAAAUCCUUCCGGAUGCGGCGAGUCAAGGACAUGGACGCCUACGGCAUGAUCUCCCCCUUUGUUCGUCGGCCAAGUGUCAACAGUGACCUGAAGUACAUCAAAUCGAAAGUUCUCAGGGAAGGUCAGUCCAGGGAGAGGGAGAAAUGCACGAUCCAGUGA